ACGGUACAGCCUCGGCGAAAAAAAUCAAUUACCCAUUUGAUUCGAAGAAUAAUUUGAAUUUAAAAACAUCAAAUAAGGCAGCCUAGUGCGUUGGGAACGAUGACGCGGAUAACUAGAAGUGAUUUAUCACUUGAUAUGGAGUGCUGGGUGGAGGAGCUGUCCCCCGCCCAAUUGGCCUACUACGAGAAAAUCACAAACGAGCACAAUGCGGUGAAAAACGCGCUGAAGUCCGCCGUCAGCGCCAAUGAAGGCAAGGAGCUAUUCAGCGGGCAGGUGUUUCAGGCAUACUCGUUCAAGGGCAAAGUGCUGCAAGAGCUCAAGGAGGCGACCUUGCCUAAGAAGCCACCAAAAGCAGAUCCUCCCCCACCGCCCACCACUGCCUCGGGUGGAGGCGGUGGUGGCACUGGGCGUGGUCGUGGCCGACCCCGUCUGGCAGCAAACAUUGCUUACUUGGAGUCAUCGGAUGAGAGCGACGACGAUGUGCCGCUGGGCAAACGCUUAGCCCUGUCAGUGGGCAAGAAGGCUGUUGCCGCCGCUCCGCCAUCCCAAUCGACACCCAAAGCAAGUAAAAAAGCGGCGGCAGCAGCUGCAUCUCCCACAGGCAAGGCAUCGCCACAGCCCAAGGGUGGCAAGGGAUCGGGCGCAGGUUCCAGCAAAUCAUCGGCUAGUGGCGAAGCGCCACCCAAGAAUUUCCGUCCGGCAGAGGUCAAUUCUGUGGGUGGUUUGGUGGUGGGUAGCAACGAUGACAGCAGCGCCAAGAAUGGCAAAGAUGCCAAGGAAGGCAAGGAUACGAAAAUGCAGGGCAAAACAUAUCCAUCACUGGUCGUGCUUGCCAAGCCAUUCCUCAAGAUCAAAGACAUGGCAGCGACGCGCAGCAAACUGGACUCCAAGGUCAAACUGGUGCUCAUGCUGACACCCAACAAGUUCUGCGAGUGGCUGCUCCAAGAGGGCCUGCUGCGUGCCCAGCAGCACUGCAUAAACCAUCGGAGCAACGAACUCAAAAUGGGCGUUUACUCGGACAUCAGCAAGUUUCCGUAUACCGGCGGCUAUGUUUGGAUUAGCGAUUGUUGUCCCUACCGUUUCGUUUCGGUGUUUAACAAUUCCAUUUUUGAGGGCGCCCAGCAUCCGCCAACAUUUCUGCUAAAGCUCGUCUAUCAUUGGGCCUGCCAGACCAGCAUUCAGAAUGUGGUGCAGUGGGUCAAAGUGGACAGUGUCUACAUCAAAGGCAUCUACACAUGGCUACGUGCUAUUUGUACAUUGGCCGUGCAUCAAAAGUGCAAAAAGCUCGGCGGCCCCGGCAAGUUUGUUGAGGUGGGUGUCAUUUCGUUGGGCACAACGUCGCAGGACGGUGCACAACGUCAGGUGAAGGUGGAGGUGCUUGGCGUCUACGACUAUACGGAUAAAUCCAUACGGCUGCGUGCCGUAGAACCGAUUACCGAUGGCGACCGUAAUUAUAAGAAACGUUUUCAGGCAAUUUUAGAGCCACUGUCUCGCUGGGUGCACAAGGACAGCACAAUUUGCAUAGAUCUUACCGUGGACAAGAUAACACUCUUUAGCAUGGGCUUCAAGAACAUUGUUCAGGCGGCAGCCACCGAUAACGCAGCGAAGCACAACAACUCGGCUGUUAUGGAAUACUUGCGUCGCAUUGUGCCGCGCAUGUUCCAGAAUACGCUGUCGUUGCUCUCGCGCCAAAUGAUACAGCAGUUCCUCGAUGAGCUCGUCUGGCGCGAAUCCUUUGGCACGUAUGCGCUGCAGGCGUUCAACAAUAUCAUCAUACACAUUGCCGAGCAGACACGUGUAACGACCAAUGAGACAAUUACACAGCGCCUGUAUCAGGUCGCAACAAAUCCAUUUAAGGACUGGAGCGUACUGCCACCCAAUUACAAGGAGACACCAGCCAAUGCAACGCCCAAGCGUCUCAAGAAACCAAUCAGUGAUACGGACUAUGUGCACGCUGGCAAGGAAUAUGUCAGCAAAGUGAAGAAAGAAAAGGAUAUUUUGCCAACAGGGAGCAAACGUCGCAGUACUGUCAGCACACCCCCUCCGGCAGGAGUCUCCAAGGGCCUCGGCAAAGGAGCUGGAACUUCAAAGUUGGCUGCGAAAACUGCAGUUGCCAAGACGAUCGUGCCUGCUCUGCCCUCGACGAAAUUGGUGCCUAAAAAGCCCAAGGAGACAAAGGAGGAGAAAGAGAAGGUUGCCGUUGUCAUUAAAAAGGAAGAAGACGAACUGAAGGGUCUCGAGGAGCUCUACUAUGGCAUUAGCGAUGGCACAGAAGAGUUCUAUGAGCAUUUUCCCUACAGCUCGCCACGAGCCAAUCCAGCGGAGCUAACCAGGACAGUUGAGUGUCCAAUUUGCUUGAAUGGCGAAACGUAUGACUCCAAUGAGAAGCUGCAAACGCAUUUGGUGUCGCACAUCUCGCCCGAGGGCAGUCAACAUCAAUUCCAGUGUCUGUUCUGCCUGGAGAAACAUCAAACCGAAUUUGUGCUAGCCAAGCACAAUCAAAUCAUGCAUCCCACCGAAACCAAGACGGAAGGCUCCCCUUCCUAUUAUUGCCUGAUUUGCCAGCAGCGAUACAAUUCUCUGCAAUUUCUGACUUCCCAUCUGCAGAGGGUGCACAGCACAUUAGAGUUGCCGUACUGGUGUCAAUCCUGCGGCUAUCGCUCCUCCUCGCAUCGCGAUCUGGUGCGCCACUUCUACGACGAUCACAAGAAUCAGAACUUCUUGCAGUGCCCAUACUGUCUUGAUAUCUAUUACUUUACACAUAAGGGCAAGGUGAAUCAGUUGCGUGUUGAGCACUUCUUCAUGCAUCUGGACGAGCAUGUGAACAAGAGGGAUCCAGCAUUGCGGUGUCAGAAGUGUUCGCUGAGCUUCUUGGAAAAGGGCGAUUUGAAACAGCACACGGUCAUGCAUCAUGUCAGCAUGACCAAGACAAAUAAACCAGUGCGUCUGCUAUUGAAUAACUCGCUACUAAUUCCGCCGCCCAAGGUGCGCACACACCAUCGGGAACAGCCGCCAUUCUCCACAUACAAACGGCCCGUUUUCUUUGCCUUCCUCGAGGGCAAGACAUGCGCCGAGUGCAAUACUGAUUUCGCCAGCGAGGAGACACACUACACCGGUUGGCUGCACUGCGUCAAGUGCAACUAUCAAACAUGUUGCGAGCGCGCCCAGUUCCGACAUGGCGUUGAUUGUAAUAGCAACUUUGAGGAUGCAAUGGAAGUGAAUAUGCAGCAGGAGAUGCACUGCAUCUGCGGCUUUGCCACCAGCAAUGGCAACAAAAUGGCCCAGCAUUUGGCCAACUGUUGCCUGAGCACCUGCUACCCUAGUGUGGAGACGUCCAACGAGAAUGCCGUCAAGCGCAAUAUGCUGGAUAUGUUGGGUCUGGUGCGCCGUGAUGGUGAAACUUCUGGCGAGGGCGCAGAUAUGGGUGAUGCGGUCGAUGAUGCCAUGGAUGACAAUAGCGAGCUGCUCCAGACUCCGGUCGAUGAUGACCAGCAGCUGCCGCAAGAGGGUCAGCCAGCGGAUCAGGAGCCAAUGCAGCAACAUCAUCAGGCGUUGCCGCAGGAGACUCAAGCCGAUAUGCAAACAGAUGAGCCACAACAAGAAUAUAUAGCAGCACAUCCGGAACCCGUACCAUUGUCACACUUGCCCCAAGUCCAGCAACAGGAGCAGCAAUCGACGCCCAUACAAUUCGGUGAAAUGGAGGCGGCACCUGUCAUGCUGGAUCCGCAGCAGGUGCAAGCAGCUGCCGACUAUGCUCAGGUGUCUGUGGUGCAGCAGCAACAACAACAACAGCAACAACAACAGCAACAGCACCACCAACAGCAGCCAUAUGGAAUGACUGGCUACGGUCAGAGCGCUAUGUCAACAGACAUUGACAUGCCGCUUAUUGGGGAACUGGCCGAGCCGAGUGCGCCGCCAACGCCACAGUUUUUGGGUGAGGUGCACACGCCCAUGUUCGAUGCGGUUGCCGCUGCUGAGCAACAACACUAUCAGCAGCAGCAGCAACAGCAGCAGCAUCAUCAUCAACUACCCCAAUGA